AUGCUGCUGACGCCGAGGAUAGUGGCGGAAGAAGAGUCAGUGGAUGCCCAGUCACAAACGAGUUGUUCGACGCCAGUCCAAAUGCUGGAAGCAGAAUAUGCUCGGGUGAUGCAAGUCUCAGCCGAAGAAUUGGACCUGGAACCUGCCGUAUAUCUUCGAGAAGGAAGUGAUUUGAUGGCGCAGCUACGAGACCAACUUAUCAUGCUCCCGGAAAGUGAGGAACUGACCCCAGAAUGUAAUAUCGACGAAGCAACUGUUGGGGUCCCCAGGGUCACAACUCCAGAUAUGGAGGCCAAGAUGAGAAGGAUCCCGAAACGCCACAGCAGCAUCUUUCUGGGAGAUGGCAACGCAGCUCCUGCUCCAGUUAGGGGCGUAGUGUGUGACAUCGAUGUCGGUGAAGUGAAACCAGUAGUUUUGCGUGCAAGACAGAUUCCUGCACCUUUCUUGGUGAAGGUGUUUGAAUUCUUGAAGAAGUUGUUUGAAGCGGAGAUCAUUGAGCAUUCAGAGUCCGAGUGGUCAUCGCCCAUUGUAAUCGUGCUGAAAAAGAACGGUGUAGAUAUCAGGAUGUGCAUCGACUACCGAUUUAUGAAUUUACUCAUCAAGCUAUCCCGUUACCCUCUACCUCUGAUUAAUGAUCGGCUGGUAGACUUUGAAUCCGCGAUGUCUCGACUAUGUAUGGCUGAACGUGGGAAGUUGAUCUCUGCGUUGGUUUGCCCGUUUGGCCACUUGCAAUGGCUCAGAAUGCCUCUUGGAUUGAAGAAUGCGCCUUUAAUUUAUCAGAGCGUCAUCAACAACUGUGUGUGGAGAUUCGUUCGCCUACCUCCUGAAGAAGAAGCGAUGGUUGACCCAGAAGUUCUAGAGUUUCUGAAUCUUAAGUCUCAAGAAGCCCUGAAACCCGAAGUAAAUAUGGAAGACUCAGAGGUUCCAUCAUUGAAAAUGCCUGUAUUCCGACGCAAUAUUCCGGAUCCGUCACAAAUGGGUCCGGUCUUGGGGAGAAGCUCAUAUAUUGACGAUAUCGCUCAUGGAGCGUCCACCUGGGACCAACUAUGUGAAGACCUGGCUGCGUUGUUAUACAGACUGCGAUAUUGGAAUAUCUCUUUUGCCAAAAUUGAAUUUGGAAAGUUGUCUAUCCCAUUCCUUUUUCAUGAAGUGAGUGCGGACGGAAUCAGAGCAUUGCCGACGAUCGUCAAGGGUAUACAAGACUUACCUUUCCCGGCAACCCUGAAUUAUUACAACAAGUUCACUGAACACUUACCAGUAGUUGCUGCUGUGCUCUACGAACUGGACAAGAACGUGUAUGUGCUGGACAGAACUGGAAGCCACGAAGGAGUACUAAAACGUAAGAUUGUGUCGACCCUGUUGUUGCGGCACCCAGACAGAGGCAAUCCUUUCGUGAUUAUUCCACAUGCUAACCCGUGGGCGGCGUGUGCGGUCAUGGGUCAGGAAUAUGAGGAACUCAUACACCCUGUAGCGUUAACGGGCAGAAAGUUGAAGGAAUCAGAGCCUCUGAUCUAUGACUCAGAAUUCCCGGUUGUAGUGUAUACGCACUACCCCGUGUUGAAGUGGUUACUAGAAUCCAACACUGCAGAUGGACGGCAUCUGAUGUGGGGACUGGAAUUAUCAAGGUGGACACUGGGAAUCCAUCGGACUCAGAAAGAUGAGGACGGCCUUGACGCCAUCCUUGGAUCCGGUAUCACUCCAAGGGAACAUUUGGACAAAGUUGCAGAAACUCUGAUUCCCGCCAAGGGUCGUCUGAAAGUGAUGCCAUCAGUGAGUCUAGAAAUGUUAGACGCGAACUAUCAAGGCUACGUUCUGAGUUUCUAUGGUGCUGCAAAGGUUUCUACCUGCCGAGGAAGCUGUGGGUGUAUAUUGUGCAAGCUGCCAGGAUGGCAGGUCAUGAAGGCUGAAAGACACAUCGUAGAAGGUGUGACGGUCAACGAUGCUGGAUAUCAUGGUUUAAUUAUAGGUUUAAAGCUUACUUUAAAGUUUGAGGUCAAGGAACUCGUGGCAAAUUUCGCGUCUGUGAAGUUGAUUCAUGUCAAACGUGAAUUCAACCAAGCAGCCGACUACUUGACCUCUAAAACCCUCGUUCUUGAAGAAUCCUGGGAGCUCAAUGACCCAGACGAGAUAGUACACCUACCUCUCGUAUCUAGAAUCCCUGAAAUGAUCAUGAAGCCUUCGGAAAUCUCAGAUACUUCUGCGACCGAUGCGGUACAUACGGACCAAGUCGAACUUGAAAUGAGAAACCCCGAUGUCAGAAUACCUGAGUCUUCGGCUGCCGCUGCUGAGGCAUUGAUGGUGAUGACGAGAACCCGUGCAGGAGUAGACACAGAAUCCCGAACUUCCGUAGACCGGUCUGGAUACCAGGAUGGACGUUGA